AUGGCGACUCAGCAGGCCCCCGGAACCAACUGCCGGCUUUCUAUCGACGGUGGGCGCGCGCGACUUUGGAACGCCCGGAUUCACAUCCUCGACUCUCGCCGCAGCCAUCCGCCCGACCGAGUCCCGGAACUCGCGCCGCUCGACGACGACAACAACUCGACAUCCACGUCAAUCGACACAGCGAAACCACCGACUCUUGCAGAGCGUAUUCGAUGGCGAGUGUUCAGGAAUAGGAGGAAGCCUCUUUCGAUCCUCGCCUGCGGCUGGCCGCUCUGUUCCUCAUCGACUAGCAUCCGACGAGUCGGCGCCGUCAACAUGGCAGAUCUCGCCGCAGCCUCGAGUCCUUUGCCCUCUCUAGGCGCCGCUGGGGCAGCAGCCGCGAAGUUCGCGACGGCCGCGCCCAUCAUAAUUGCGAACAAUGGAAUCAACUACGAAGAAACUACGAACGGAGGCGCGGUGCAAUACAACGACUUGCGCGACCCCUUCUUUGCCUCCAUCUUCCCCGUCUGCUACGCCCUCGCUGCGACGACAGUAACGGCAUACAUGCUUGUAAUCAUGCUGUUUAUUACCCCUCGAUCAUUUCUUGACGGUGGAGUGGUAUAUUUGGGCCGACGCGGGUUUACAAGUGGCGGGACUUCCAACGGGAUCAGCAUCGGAGGUCGACCAUGGCUGCAGAAAGUGGCCGCAGUCACCGUUGCAAUCUCUCUCACAAUAGCAAGCGCCGACACGUUUAAAGUUGCGGAGCAACAAUAUCAGUGGUCAAUCCAGGACGCCAAAAAGAUGCAGUCAGAGGUUAUGGACGGAACCGAACUGAAAGCCAUUCGCCUCAUUUCCGACACCUUUCUGUGGCUUGCACAAGCCCAAACUCUCAUCCGGCUCUUCCCUCGUCAGCGGGAAAAGGUUAUUAUCAAGUGGACUGCAUUCGCGCUGAUUACACUGAAUCUCAUCUUCAGCGCUUUGAACAGUUUCCAGUACCCCACCAGCGGGAGUAACGGCAACGCCCGUCCACGAAGCUUUGUGGACGCUGUUCCCGCUCUCAGCUACCUAUUUCAACUGUCCCUCGGCCUGCUGUACGCCGCUUGGGUCAUUUACUACUCGCUCAUGAAGAAGCGAUACGCCUUCUACCACCCCUUGAUGAAGAACAUGAUUCUUGUCUCUACCCUAUCUCUCUUCGCCAUUCUUGUACCGGUCGUUUUUUUCGUGCUGGACAUGGCACAGCCAGAAUUCGCGGUCUGGGGAGACUACGUGCGUUGGGUUGGUGCGGCUGGCGCUAGUGUCGUGGUCUGGGAAUGGGUAGAAAGAAUCGAAGCAUUGGAAAGAGAAGAAAAGAAGGAUGGUAUCUUGGGACGCGAGAUUUUCGACGGAGACGAAAUGUUGGAGGUCUCAGCAUCCGAGUUCCCGUGGCUCAGGAGGAGAAAGAACAGGAACGGCGGUCGGGAUGGUGAUGACGGUGGCGAAGAUGGACCUCAAGGUGAUACUGGCGCCCAAGGUCCUCCGCCAGGCGACAGAGGCAACCUUUGGCCAGGCAUGACCCAGAUCGCAUCGAGAUACCGCUCCAACCACACCCACACUAAUUCUGGAGCAAACAACCAAAACGGUCAAAGAUCCAAGGGCGGUCUGCUGCGUCCGCCCAUGUGGCCUUCCCGGCCCGCUCCUGCGGUGACGCCGGUGAGCCGAACCGACACAGCCAGUGCAGCGAGCACCGUCUACGCUGUGAGGUACCAGCUGCCGUCAGAGACAACAUCAAGGACACCAGAGGCGCUCGUCCGAGCAGCCAACCAGCAACAAAGAAAUGCCGCAGCUGCCAUGUCGAGGAGUAACUCGACAUCAUCUAGGAGCGACUCGACCUCCGCCAUUAGCGACGACGAGCCUUCGAUGGCCGCGCCCGUUCCCAGACAAGCAACGCACAAAACCGUUGAAGUCGACACAGAGGCUCAGGAAGACAUGACGGAGAAGAACCGCAAUGGCUGGCGAUCCCUGGUUGCCAACCCACUCUUCCGUCGCACUGCUCGCGAUCCGCCUGCGGAGGUGAUGGCUCACACCGAGUCAAAGCCCGAGGUGCGGGGUGGCCACGACGAUGCCGACAGAUGGGAUCUCCGGGCUCGUUUAGAGGACUUUGCUGCGACUCAGGCCGAGAAGAUCAGAGAGAAGAUGCGACCGACCCCUGAAACAGACAGCCUUCCGGUCACUGUCAUUCCCGCACCACCAAGACAAGGAGCAGCAUUGGCGCAACUGCUGGAAGAGGAGCGAGGCCAAGAAGAUAACGAGCAACCGGGCCGUAGCAGUACCGUCAGCGACGCCUCUGCGCUGUCACCCCAAACUGUUGCUGGUCGGGGAGGGACACAAAGUAACUUCUCUCGCCGGUCCCCCGCCACCGCAGGUCAAGAACCAGAGUCAGCUACUCUUCAGCUCAGCAGACCACCUCUCUGGCCUGGAGUAAGGACCCAGCAUCAGGACUUUGAGCCGCAUUCACCGAAUAUGCCGCCCACCCCCUCAUGA